CCCACUCUGCCUCCGGAAAGUGUUGAUUCAAGGAAUGUGUUACUGAGGGAAGGUGGUGAGUCCUCCUCCACACCCCCAGGAAUGAGAUCAAGGGAGCAACAGCUCUGACACACAUCUUGUUAUUCCGCUUCCUUUCUCUGGCCAUGUCAAAAGAGACGACUAACUUACAAUAAAAAAACCAAAAAAAAACGAGAAGUAAAAAUCAGAUAAAAAUCGCAAAAGUAAACAAAAAACCGAACAAAAAUCGCAACUGGAAGAAUACUUCGAUCACCCCUAUUGUGGUCUUACGGCAGCCUCCAUGCAUACUCACUACUCCCGGAUCAACAUGAAGCCAGAAAUCAUCGCGGCGGUGGGCUUUCUCUCCAAGUUCCUGCGUACAAAGGGGCUCAUGAACGAUCGGGAGCUGCAUACCUUCAAUCUGUCCCUGCAAGAGCUGCUGGCAGAUCAUUACAGACAUCACUGGUUUCCAGAGAAACCCACCAAAGGUUCAGCUUACCGCUGCAUUCGGAUUAACCACAAAAUGGAUCCCUUGAUUGGGCAAGCAGCAGACCGUAUCGGACUGAGCAGCCAAGAAAUGUUUAAACUUCUGCCAAGUGAACUCACUUUGUGGAUUGAUCCAUAUGAAGUGUCUUAUCGCAUUGGAGAGGAUGGGUCCAUAUGUGUGCUCUACGAAUCCUUACCAACAGGUGGCAGUAGCCAAAAUGGCAGCUCGUCUCUUGUCGAAAGCAGAAUCAGCUGCAAAGAUGAACUUCUCCUUGGCCGAACAAGCCCUUCCAAAACGUACAAUAUGAUGACAGUAUCUGGUUAAGAUACAGUCGAUGGCUGGAUCAUCUUGUAACAGAUGGAAUAAUAUUGUCUUUAAUUUGGGAGGGCUCCUAUGGGGAAGGAUUGUGAAGUAUAAAAUGUCACAGCUGUGAAGAUUGGGCACAAAAUAGAAGUAGAUCUUACUGAUGUGAAUGUGCCAUGGUUUGGACAGUACCUUUUAGUAGUUUAACAGCCUGUAUGUAGAAGGCAACAUUUUUUUGGCACUAGACAUUUAGUCAGUGAUAAUAUCUAUAUUAGGCUAUGUGCAUACUUUGGAUUGGGCAUACGUUUGUCAUCAGGCAGUGUCAGGUUUUGUUUUCCCACUUAUGGUUAGGGCUUUAAAUGGGGCAGUGUCUUGGAGUUCAGUGAUCUCUAUGAUGUUGUCUAACGGUGCAUAUUAUGUCACUGGGCAGACAUUUCUGGCUCUUGCCUUAUCUUGAGGGAACAACAAUCAGCAGGGAAAAUCCAUGUUGGAUGACCAAUUCUUCCCUUGAGAUCGGUCAGCCAGAGAUUUUCUGCAGCGGUGACUUUCUACCAUAGACUAUGAUCUUUAUCCAUUCUUAACCAUUAUUGGGGGUAUAGGGCAAAGACCAUCUCAAGUCUGGGGUGCACCAUUAACCAAUGGGUGGGCUCAUCCUGACCUUGCCAGCUGACAAAUGUGUACAGAACAUGGAGUAUGUACAUAUCCAAAACCUUUGAACCCAAAGCUCAAUGUCUUUGUAAGAUUAUUAUUUACUUCUCUGCAGUUUGUUUGCAGAGUUUAACUUGCACUAAUGUCUUCAAUGUUACUAUUUCUGGCAGCUCAGUAGCAAGGUGAAGAGUUGGGAAUAUGACACUUAGUGGAACUGUACAUGGCAGACAUGACUUGCACUGAAAAUAGAUAUAAAUGUAUAUAUACAUGACAGAAUAUUAUUAAGUCUGCCCAAAAAUACUUGAGUAUCCUUCAUAUUGUGAAAUGAACUUGAAAGGUUAACAUAGGUUUCUUCUUUUUUCCUGCCUUGGCUACAGGCUUUAAAUGUACCUUAUAAAGACACUGUCUGAACUAUGGCGUUCUCACCAGCCAGCUUACCUGUACAUUUCCUAGCUCGUAGUUUUCUAAGACGGAGUAAACUUCUUAUUUUUAGAAAGUGGAGUUCUGCUUUGUAAUUUCUUGUACUUAAUUGGGUAAAAGUCCUUUUCCACAAGCCACCAUCUAUUUUGUGAACUUUGUUAGUCCUCUUUUAUUUGAUAAAUUAUGAACUGCUGUAAAUUUGUACAGUUCAUGUAUAUUGAUUGUGACAAAGGUGUACAGAUUUCUAUUUUAAAUGAGAGAUUUUUCUUCUCUAUAAUAAAUUGUUUCUUAUCCUGGCAUUUUAAAAAAAAA